ACCCUACUUUUCAUUUCAACAGCUUCCUAGUUUUACCUUUCAUAUUUAGAUCUUUAAUACAUUUGGUGUUUAUUUUAAGGGAAGAGUAUCAGGAGAUGAAGUGAGAGAGGUAGUGGAAGGAGCAGAUUGCAUAAGGAUGGUAGGCCAUUGUGAGGACUUUGGUUUUUAUACUCAGUGAAAUAGGAAGCCAGUGGAGGUUUUGAACAGAGGGUGCCACUGUCUGAAAUCUGAAAUACGCUUCAACAAAAAUUCUCUGAUGACAAUUGAGAUUAGAUUGUAUGAGGUAUGGCAGAGACUAUUGAUUCUUCCUCAGUAUCUAGGAUAGCCUUUUCUCUGUUAGUAUUGGAACCCGUCUUAGAGACUAUAUCUUCCUACUUCUUCUGACUAUAGGAGAUAUCUGUGUGUUUAGGUUGGGGCCAGUUAAAUGUGAGCAAAAGUGGUAUGUGCAACUUCUUCAAGGUGAGGUGCUUGUCCUGUUCAUCUCCCUACGCUGCCUCCACCUUCCUGUUGACUGGAAAGCUGCAUCAACUAGAAUGGUAACAACCACCUUGAACCCAGAGACAGGCAGCCUGUGAUGAGGAUGGCAGAGCCAUCCCUCGUCAGCCUAGGUCCCCAGAUGACCUUGUGGAACAGAACCAACUACUACUCAUCCUCCCCUAAGCACUUGCCUAUCUCUUUACUGUUUCCAGGAAGAGAAUAAACUUUCUUGUUUCAGCUACUGUAUUUGUUGUCAUUUUAUCACAACAGCUUUCUUCAUACCCAAUUUAAUGCCAAAAUUGGUACCUGAAGCGAGGUGUUGCCAUAAUAAAUAGCUAAAGUACAUGGCACUGGCUGAGUGGUUGGUCAGCAGACGGUUAGGCACCAUGUCCUAGGCUGGAAAACUGGUGACCCUUGUUACGCUAUGGCAAAAGCUUGGUGAAACUGUCACCUCUGAUAACUUGGAAGGCAGUCAGUGUGUCUACCAUUUUGUACCCCCAGGGAAGUGAUUGGAAAGACUCCUAAUGUGAGGCUGCUAACAUAGGUUGACCAGCUGCUUUAGCAAGGAACUGCAAGAGGGUGUCAAGUAAGAGAACAAUUAGCUAGUUUGCAAUUAGAGCUGGGAGGGGGUAUUAUUUCACUAAAGGAAGUUCUGAAUGCCCAUGGCCUAUGCUUUGAAUUAACUGAAAGGACAGUAAUAUGGGGUGUUGCAGGGUUGGAAAGAUGGUUUCUUCUUCCCAAACAGCGAGAGGUUAGAUUUGUUCUUAGGAGACUUCAUUAGAUUUUCUUGGCCAGAGAAAGGUGGAAGCCAGUCUAGGCAAGGAUCAAAUAAAGGAUUUAUCUUCCCACCUGAACCAGUCAAUCAAGCUAGGUAAAGCUCCAGUUACAAAUACAGAGUUUCAGUUCCCUAGAGCAACAAAAGUUUAUUUCUUACUCAUAACAUGUCUGUGGCUCUGUUCCACCAUCCUCUGUCACUCCAAGCCAAAGGAAUAGGUUUUUGGGGACAUUGCUGUUCUGUUUCCGAGGGAGAGGAGACUUGCAAAACCGCUGCUUGGAAGUAACAGGUGUUACUUUUGUUCAUAUUUUAUUGGCCAAAGCUAAUCGGGUGGCUGAGCCUGAAAUCAGUCAGGCAGGAAGAACAUUUUAAGUCACAUGGCUUGCACUGAUGUGAAUGGGGUGUGGUGGUGUAAUCAUCCUGUCCUGUGGAUCAGAUGACCUCAAAUUAGCUAACCUUAAAUUGAGGGACAGAGGGAUGGAUCUGCCUCAGAGAUCAGCUAAUCAAAAAGGCAGAAUUGACAAACUUAGCAUCUACCACCAGAUUAAAUCUUUACUUGUCCUUACUUUCACGUGGCACUGACUGAAGACAAGAAGACAUGGGGGAUUUUGAGACGAUUAUGUUGCCACAAGUUUAGCUUGCCAAAACUUGUGAUGGUUUCACAUUGUUUGACAACUAAAGCCAUCUUUGACCCCCAAAUAUGUACCCCCUGGGAAAUAGGCUAUUAGCUCUUUCCUGCCUCUUUGGAGCACAUACUCUCCUGUGUUCACUUCACAGAUUGCCAGAAGGGAUAAUGGAAAAAGAUAUCUUCCAGAGACAAAGCCAGGCUUCAACAGACAAAUGAACAAAUGAGUCUCUCUCCCCACCAGGCACACAGAACCUGAGUUAAACCAAGGAACUUGGUUCCCUGGUAGAGUCGGGAGAUUUGUUGCCAUUCCUGUCCAGUAGUGUUUUGUCAUUGGAUUAAUUAAAAGGAUUUACUGUAUAUCUUAUGACUCUUUACUGGAGCCUUAGGAGAUAGCCAUAUUUAUUGAAGAUCUCAGAGAGUUGUGAAAGCAAAGACGACAAAAUGAACUGAGAUUUCAGAAAUGGAAGAGCCCAUAUGAGCUAAGAAUACUGACAGUCAUUUUUCCUAAGUGUAUUUGCCCAAAAUGGACACUGGCUAAAGAUCAAGCUUGCUAUGGAGAUAAAGAUGAAUGCCAUGUCUCAUCCAACACUGAAAAUUUGAAGUUUAGAAGACAUUUACUAAGUCAAAUCACCUCGAGGACAUUGUUAUUCAAGUCAAAAACAUCAUAAUGCAGAAUUUUUUAUCAAUACCACCAAAAGAUCAACAAGGUGAGUCCAACAUCUCUUCUGGAACGAUUCAGAGUGGGAAAGGUUUGCAGAAUAAGAGUCAGUUUAGGACCAUUGCACCAAAAAUCAUGCCCAAAGUCCUGACAUCCAGAGUGCUGCCGUGCCCUUCAUCAUCACUCUCUGAUCAGGUGAAUCCAGGACCCUCCAUCAACGCCAAGCCUCUGGGGGUGCCCACCCAAAAUUACGCUCUGAUGCAGGUUGCUGGACAGGAGGGGACGUUUUCUCUCGUCGCUCUGCCACAUGUCGCCUCCGCUCAGCCAAUCCAGAAACCCAGACUGGCGCUGCCUGAAAAUCUGAAGCUGCCUAUUCCUCGAUACCAACCCCCAAGAAAUAACAAAGGAUCGAGAAAGAAACCCACUCGGGGUUCCUCUGAGAGUGGUGCUGGCAUACCUCCUGCCCAAACCCAAACGUCCCCCUCCCCACCUGACCGUCCCAAAUCCCCACACAGACCUGGUCAAUCAGAGCAAGUGCCAUCACUAGACCCAGGCCCAUCCAGCAUCAGCAUGGCGGCACUGACCAACCAUGGUGGCCCCAGAGACUCUCCACCCCCAGGGACCAACGACCAUGGAGAUCUGAACCCUUCUGCCACCCCGAUGGUAUCCACACCAGAAGAGCCCUCAGCCAAGCCGGGCCUCACAGUGACUCCAGGGAGAGCAACCUUGGUGAGUGAGGAAACCUGCAGUAAACCUUCUCCCGUUGCCAGUGGGAAACGGAGAGAACAAGCUGAUCUUACAAAAGCCAUGACCAUUUUAUCACCAGCUGUUUUCAGCAGUGCAGUUCAGCUGAUCUCUCCAGUCCCCAGAGGUAAACUGCCCAUCCUGCCCUAUGCCAGAGGGAGAACAGUGGAGGUGUGUGGAGGCCAGUCAGACGUGAGCCUCACAGAUGGCUCUGUGCCCGGGCUCAGGGCAGCCUGUGGUAAGGCAUCCUCCAUCCCAGAGGGCUUUACUGCAGCCACCAAGGUGCUCGGCAAGACACCUGCUCCACAGAGCCCCUGUGAAAGUACCUUUUGUGCGGCCACCAGACCAGAUCUCAGCCACAAAGCAAAACUCAGUGGUGGGGCAGCAAAGAGAAGAGUAAGAAAACGAAAGGUACCAGAUGAAAUUUUGGCAUUUCAGGGAAAAAGGAGGAAAUGUGUCCUUAAUAAGUGUAAAGAUAGUAAAGAAAGAGUAAAAGCUGAUCCGCAAGAAUCCAGUGACCAAAAACCAGGGUCUCUGAAGAAAUACCGCAGCAUUAUGCCCAAGCCUCUGAUUGUCGUGUCUGCUUUGGCUCCCCUGGCUUCUCCUGCAGGCGUGUUCCAGCCCCAGACACCAGGCAGCCUCGGGCAGGACAUGUUGUUAAACAGUCCCCUCAGCCCUAAGUAUCCCGGCUGUAGGCAGGAUAGCAGCACCUCCCCGAAGCCCGGCUCUGCGCUGAGAAACGGACUCUCGGGCAUUAAGAAACCGUGGCACAGGUGUCACGUCUGUAACCACCACUUCCAGUUCAAACAGCACCUUCGUGACCACAUGAACACACACACUAACAGACGGCCUUACAGCUGCCGAGUCUGCCGCAAGGCCUAUGUACGUCCCGGCAGCCUGAGCGCACACAUGAAACUCCAUCACGCGGAGAACCGUCUGAAGAAACUCGUGUGCUGUGAGUUUUGUGCGAAAGUGUUUGGCCACGUCAGGGUCUACUUCGGCCACCUAAAAGAAGUGCACCGGGUUGUCAUCAGCACGGAGCCUUCCCCCGGCGAAAGGCAGCCGGGAGAUGUGUCAAAGAACAGAGGCCUGACCGCUCGAGGGCCCGAGGGACCCGUGGAGAGGGAAAACAAGUCAAGCCUAGAAGAAGACCUCCUCCUAACCCAGGCAGACGAAGUCAACUUACAAAUCAAAUGUGGCCGUUGUCAGAUCACUGCCCAGUCUUUUGCUGAAAUCAAGUUUCAUUUACUUUACGUUCACGGAGAGGAAAUUCAGGGCCGGCUGCAAGAGGAGAUCUUACCGGGAAGCACAGGAGCUCAGGAAGAACUGGUGAAACACACUGCUCCUUUCAGGAAACAACAUCCUGAGAGAAGGAGGCUACUCAAGCGUGCUCCCCCUGAUGAGGACUUAAAUGCAUUUCCUAAGCUGAAAAGGCAGCUGUGCCUUCAUCAUCACACUGAUGUGGACAGGUUCAGGAAAAUGGAGGGAGCCCAAGCGGGACCCAGGGAGCCGCUGCCGGGGGCGGCCCCCCAGGGCUCUGCGAGUCCCAGCCCCCACACCCUCCUCUUUGGGGCCCGUUCAGGCUUUAACUGUGUCCUCUGUGCACAGACGCUGGCCAGGAAGGAAGAAGUCCUCCAGCACUGGGAACAAGAGCACAACUGUGAGGACCCUCCCAAGCUGUGGACGAUUUUAAAUGCAUUCUCUAGCCAGGGGGUGACCGGACCUCCCGGGGAGACUGAGAAAUGAAAUCUUGGGGGUGGGGGUAAAGAGAAUGCUGCUUGCUUGCUCUCUGUUUCUCUCAAAGCCCUGCAUUUUUAUGGUGGUGCUUAAUUAUAAAAGUCAGACAAAUUAGGAUCAGCAUUAAUGAGCACAAGUGAUUUUUGUACAUAGUUUUAUUUUCUUACAAAAUAUACAUAUAUAUAUAUAUAUAUA